AUGGAUAUGGAAAAAUCUCAUGGAAGAAUGGAGGGAUGGUUGUAUCUCAUACGAUCUAACCGCUUCGGCUUACAAUACGCUCGAAAACGGUAUUUUAUUCUUGAACAAAGUUGCCUCAAGAGCUUUAAAUCACAACCCUCAUCAGUUUCAGAGGAGCCGCUAAGAAGCGCGGUCAUAGAUUCUUGCAUUCGAGUUACAGACAAUGGAAGAGAGAGCUUCAGUAGAAAAGUGUUCUUCAUUUUCUCCCUUUAUAAUGCUUCAAAUCACAAUGAUUGUCUUAAGUUGGGAGCAAGCAACCCCGAAGAAGCUGCAAGGUGGAUACAUUCUUUGCAGGACGUUGCGGUGGAAGCAGGAUCAGGAUCGAAUUCAAAACGAAGAUGGCAGCCAUUAAAUGACUCAAAGAGUGUUACUCGCAAACAUUCUGUGGAUUGGACAUCAUCUGCAAACAUGCAUGUCGAUGCUAUGACAUCUGAUGUGAUUGCACCUUCGCAAUGGAAGAUUUUCGGUUGCAAAAAUGGGUUGAGGCUAUUCAAAGAAGCGAAAGAUUGUAGUUCAAGUGAACGGACUUCGAGUGAUUAUCCGGCUAUAAUGGCAGUCGGUGUAAUUGAGGGGACUUGUGAGGCUGUUUUCAGAACUUUCAUGUCACUUGGCCUCUCUAGAUCCGAAUGGGAUUUCUGUUUUCAUAAUGGCAGCGUCGUUGAGCACCUUGAUGGUCAUACCGACAUCAUACACAUUCAGCUAUGUCGGGACUGGCUACCAUGGGGAAUGAGUCGAAGAGAUUUAGUUUUGAGACGAUACUGGAGAAGGGAAGAUGAUGGGACUUAUGUAAUACUAUGCCAUUCUGUGAUCCAUAGCAAGUGUCCGCCGCAACAGGGAUAUGUUCGAGCUUGUCUUCUAAGUGGCGGUUUUGUGAUGAGUCCUUUGAACGAAGGAAAAGAAUGCGUGGUGAAACACAUGCUUUCGAUUGAUUGGAAGUUAUGGAGAACAUAUUUACCAAAAACACCCGCUCGAUCCAUGACUAUUCGUAUGUUGGGCCGAGUUUCAGCACUGAAAGAACUAUUUAAAGCAAAAGGGGGAGACCAAUUUCCUUCCGAAUUUUUAACCGGAGAAGUUGAAUCCAUUCAAACAAGUGAAGAACAAAUCAAACAAGAAGGCGAUUUCACGCAAGCGGAAGAAGAUAAAAUGGAAGACGCGAAUGAUGCACCCGUUUCUACUUCAUCCAGUCUCAUUGGAUUAAACGACAACUCUGAUGAAUUCUACGACUUCCCAGAACCUUCCGAAGAGAAACGAGAUACAAACUCACAAGACGAACAACCACAACAAACUCCUGUGCCUGCAUUAUCAACAGCUGCUAACUUUGUGAAAAAGUUGCAUGAUCUUACAUAUCAAAAGAAGGAUCAACUUUGUUAUGGGUCAACUUUGCCAAAAGAUUCGACGUGUAACAUGCCUUGCACUUGGGCAGCUUCUGAUCCUUCUUUAUUCCUUAUUCGAGGAUCAAAUUAUCUCGAAGAUAAUCAAAAGAACAAGGCGAAAGGAACCAUGAUGGAAAUGGUUGGUGCUGACUGGUUACAAUCUGAUACGCGGGAAGAUGAUCUUGCAAGCCGUCCAGGUGGCAUUGUUCAGAAAUAUGCAGCACAAGGCGGACCUGAGUUUUUCGUUGUGAUCAACAUACAGGUUCCGGGUUCCACUGCAUCUAAUCUUGUUCUUUAUUACAUGACGAGAACUCCUUUGAAAGAAUCUCCUUCACUAGAACGGUUUGUCAACGGUGACGAUGCUUUUAGAAACUCAAGAUUUAAGCUCAUACCAUACAUAUCUAAGGGAUCAUGGUUGGUAAAGCAAAGUGUUGGAAAGAAAGCGUGUUUGGUUGGUCAAGCACUUGAAGUCAAUUACUCUCGUGGAGAGAACUACUUGGAGCUUGACAUUGAUGUGGGUUCAUCCACUGUGGCACGAGGUGUGGUCAAUCUUGUUCUUGGUUACUUGAACAAUUUGAUUGUAGAGAUGGCCUUCUUGAUACAAGCUAACACACAAGACGAACUACCCGAGUCCCUUCUUGGUACAUGUCGGUUGAAUCACAUGGAUACCGCCAAGUCCGUCCCUGUUGAUUCUAUAAACAACACUUAAGUUAUACUACAAGAUCAAAUGAAAGUAUAAACAAUGCGUCUUCCAUGUAAAGUUGUUUUUUUGUUAUGG